AUGGAAGAGAAUGCUAAUGAAAUAUCAUUGUACUUCAAAAAGUUAUCAAAUAAUUUAGAAUUAAUGGAACGUAUAAUUUAUAAGGGAAAUAAUAGUUUUAGGCAUUUAAAAUUUUUUGAUGCUUUUAAGCAGACAUAUCGCCAAGUUAAUAGAUCUUUUAUCAAAAGUAAAUUGGAAGAAACAGCUAUGAUGGCAUUAAAACAACUUCCAGAUGAUAAUAAUCAAAAUUUGCAUCCACGAUCCAAAAGUAAACUGGAAUUAUUUUCAAAAAAGAUUGAAGAAUUAAUUGAUAUACAUAUGAGAAUAAAAAUGGGACCAAUGAAAAGGAUGGUCAAAGAAGCGACAAUGAUUCUUGAGGUAAAACAUCAUAUUGCUUUUUGUCAAGUAUCAUUAGGAGUUAUUGGUGAAAUUAAUAAAGGAACUUCUGAUAUUAUUAACUUGUUAAAAAAAUACCAAGUUACUAUUAAUCAAGUCAUAUCAUAA